CAUUUUCAAUUAAUAUCAAUAAUAUAGGAUCGUGUCAGGGAUGAAAUCAGCACUGCUAUGCAAGAAAAUGGAGAGAAAUUAACUAUGAAAUUAUUACAAAAUUUACCAUAUUUAGAGAGAUGUAUAAAGGAAGCAUUGCGUUUGUAUCCCAGUGUAUAUUUAAUAUCACGUAUUCCUGGGGAAGAUGUAAAAUUACAGUCAUAUUUAGUGCCUGCUGGAACAAUCUUACAUCUUAAUAUUUACGGAGUUCACAGAGAUCCUAAUUUUUGGCCAAAUCCAGAGGUAUUUGAUCCGGAUAGAUUUUUGCCUGAGAAAAUCCUAAACCGUCAUCCUUAUUCAUAUAUACCGUUUAGUGCUGGGCCACGCAAUUGUAUCGGUAAGCUAGUAUCAUUUUUACAUCCU